AUGGCGACUCUUCCCCGCCACUUCGCGUGCCAGAAGCCGAAUGCGGUGCACUCCAGGCGCCACCGCGUGAUCGCGCAGGCGAAGGGGAGCAACCCGCUCCCGCCCGACACGCCGAAGGAGGUCCGCAAGGGGGGCCGUGAGUGGCUCACGUACCUGUUUAACAAGUUUGGCCCCGUGCAGACGCGCGACCGCCAGGUGACGACGCUCGACUUCGAGAAGCCGCUCGUGGAGCUCGACAACCGCAUCAACGAGGUGCGCCGCGUGGCGGAGGAGAACUCGGUGGACGUCACGGAGCAGAUCAAGGAGCUCGAGAACCGCGCGCAGCAGCUCCGGCGCGAGACGUACUCGCGCCUGACGCCCACGCAGAAGCUCCAGGUGGCGCGGCACCCCAACCGGCCCACCUUCCUCGACAUCGCGCUCAACGUGAGCGAGAAGUUCGUCGAGCUGCACGGCGACCGCGCCGGCCUGGACGACCCCGCCAUCGUGUGCGGCCUCGCCAACAUUGACGGUGUGUCGAUGAUGUUCAUUGGGCACCAAAAGGGCCGCAACACCAAGGAGAACAUCUACCGCAACUUCGGGAUGCCGACGCCGAACGGGUACCGCAAGGCGCUCCGCUUCAUGAAGCUCGCCAACAAGCUCGGCAUGCCGAUCGUGACCUUCGUGGACACCCCCGGCGCGUACGCGGGCAAGUCGGCCGAGGAGCUCGGGCAGGGCGAGGCGAUCGCGGUCAACCUGCGCGAGAUGUUCGGGUUCCGCGUGCCCAUCAUCUCGCUCGUCAUCGGCGAGGGCGGCUCCGGCGGCGCGCUCGCCAUUGGCUGCGCCAACCGCUCGCUCAUCAUGGAGAACGCCGUGUACUACGUGGCGUCGCCCGAGGCCUGCGCGGCCAUCCUCUGGAAGUCCCGCGAGAAGGCGCCCACGGCCACCGAGGCCCUGCGCAUCACCUCGAACGACCUCCUCACUUUCGGCAUCAUGGACGAAGUCGUCCCGGAGCCGCUCGGGGCGUCGCACACGGACCCCAUGGCCGUGUUCCCCGCGAUCCGCGAGGCCAUCAUGAGCAACUACCGCCGCUACGCGAACAUGUCGGCCGUGGAGAUCCAGGCCGACCGCUACGCCAAGUUCCGUAAGAUUGGGCUGUAUGAGGACUUCCUGGUGCGCGGCGGGCAGCGCGCGGCGGCGCUGGCGGAGCGCGCGGAGGCCCCGGGCGCGACGACGAAGGCCGGGACGGAGUGCGCGACGGCGGAGGAGGCGGAGCUGGUGGAGCUGCUGGCGGACGCUGACGCGCGGUGGGCGGAGAUGCUGGCGACGAAGCAGGAGUGGACGAAGCGGCCGGUGCAGCCGCGGCCGCUGCAGCAGUCGCGCGGGCUCAUGCACCUCGCGGGGAGCGCGGUCGCGGCGCGCCGGCAGCGGCAGGGCGCGGGGGCUGCGGCGCCUGCGGAGAAGAAGACUGAGGAGGCCAGCGUGUAG